AUGGUUAAAACAACCAAGUCGUACGAGGUUGUAUCGGAAAGUUACUGUCCUGUUUCUUUUACAACCCAAACACCCAGGCUCCAUCUCUUUCGCCGCUCUCUCUGUCUCCCUCCCUCAGACACACACUCUUUCGCCGCUCUCUCUCCCUCCCUCCCUCCAUCUUUCGCCGCACUCUCUCUUCCCCUCCCUCAGACACACUCUUUUCCUCCCUCAGACUCACACACACUCUUUCGCCGCUCUCUCUCCUCCCCGCCCCUCCCUCCCUCAGACACACACUCUUUCGCCGCUCUCUCUCCUCCGCCCUCCCUCCCUCCCUCAGACACACACUCUUUCGCCGCUCUCUCUCCCUCCCUCUCCCUCCCUCCCUCAGACACACACUCUUUCGCCGCUCUCUCUCCCUCCCGCCCUCCCUCCCUCCCUCAGACACACACUCUUUCGCCGCUCUCUCUCUCUCCCGCCCUCCCUCCCUCCCUCAGACACACACUCUUUUCGCCGCUCUCUCCCGCCCUCCCUCCCUCCCUCAGACACACACUCUUUCGCCGCUCUCUCUCUCUCGCCCUCCCUCAGGCUCCUUCUCCUUCGCCGAUCUCUCUCCCGCCCUCCCUCAGGCUCACCCUCUUUCGCCGCUCUAUCUCUUUCCCUCCCUCAGACUCACCCUCUUUCGCCUCUCUAUCCCUCUCUUCCCCAUCCCGCUCAGACUCAUUCUCCUUUCUAUCCGUCUCUUUCGCUUUCAGACUCCCUCUCUUUCGUCUUCUAUCAGUCUCUCACCACUGA